GCAAUGCAUGACAGGUGGGACAUUUUAUGUUCAUAAUGUUUCAAUGAAAAAAAAAACUAAAAAAUACAAAAUUCAUUGUAUGUGUAGAAAACGACGCCUGACCGGCGAUUUGCUUGGAUGACCGGUUUGCAGGGUCGUACAUAUUGUGCUGGUACAUUCACCCGUGUAGGAAACUGGAUCUUUAAAACACAGUGUGUGUUAUUUUUAUUUAAACGAUAACAACAUUUUCACAGCGCUGUAGAACUCUUAUUGUCAGUCCUGUAACGAUUAUUUCAUGUUUGUAAGAACAUCUACAGUUUGAGAAGGGUUUCCACAAACAUGGAAGCACCGCCGAUGUAUCCGGUUUAUCCUGAUGUUCCUAUGAAGCCGCUAUCGUCGGACCCUGGUUCCAGGUUCGACACCAACAAGAGUCGUGGCUCGGUGAACAUGAUGGCGCAGGAUAAGAUGUUCCAGUGGACCGAGUGUCGGAUCUGGAUCAACUCCAAUAUCGUCAACGAAAUAAUGGAACAGGGUGGAGUUGUUCCCCCCGCCCCCGAAUCCAAGCGUAAUAUCAAUGUCGUCAACAGCUUCCUUUCAGACCCAAAGAAAACCAAAACCGGCGACCUGCUGAAACAGAGAUACUGCGAGAGUUUGGUUGGCUUGCAGGGGAGCUCGUAUUUUGUGUUUGGAUUACCACGAGUCAGGAGAAUUGUGAGAGAUGUGAACGAAGACUUACAACCAGACCAACAAGCAGACGACAGCACGGGGAAACUGUCAGACGUAAGGGACGACCGCGGGGAAAACAUCAGAGAUACCAAGAAUGAUAUAUUCCCAGAAAGUCGGAGUCUUGGGGAAAAACGCAAUGAUUACAAAUUGGGAGAAAGUCGAGCUGACAAGAAACUGGGGGAAAGUCGAAACGACUACAGACUAGGAGAAAGUCGAGCCGAUUACAAGCUGGGAGAAAGUCGAGCCGAUUAUAAGCUGGGAGAGAGUCGAGCCGAUUACAAGCUGGGAGAGAGUCGAGCUGAUUACAGGCUGGGAGAAAGUCGAGCCGAUUAUAAGCUGGGAGAAAGUCGGUUUGAUCAGCUGGGGGACACAAGAAAAGACAGACUGAGAGAACCCACAAACCGGCCCUGGGAGUCAAGGAACGACAGGGGACGUAGAGCUGUGGACGACAGACAAAAUCUGAGAGAAAGCAGCCGACCCCCCGGCAUCUCCAGGACAACCAGCGGGCGCCAAGACGACAUCAAAUCGAAUCCACUCGGACAGAGUGGGGCCUACGAUCUAAGUAACACUUAUAGAGAGGACCUCCGAGAGAGCAGGAGAGCCCGACCAGAACCUCGAGAAUCGGCUGAUUCCGGUCUGUACGCCAGCAGAGUGGCUUAUGACAUGAAGAAAUCCUGGAAGGCAGACCCGCCACUGUACGCUUCCAAGGUUCUACCCGACCGCCCCUCGGGCGGAGGGGAGCGGUACGAUGACAUAGAAAGUUGGAGACCCCAGAUCCCGUCCCCCCGGGCGAGAGAUGACUACCCCCUUCCUAGGCCACCCCCGCCCCCACCCCCGCCACCGAUAUCGCACGCACCCAGCGGCCGCUACGCCGACGUCAUAAGACGAUAGGCUGGCCCCUCUCGUGGAGUUUGUGGUUCAUGGUUUCGACUGUACAAAGAGGUAUCAUCUAUCGUUAAUCCAGGAGAUAUAUUACAUUAAUUACGCAGACAACAUGACUAAGAAUUUUGUGAAAAAAACGUGUUUAAAUGCUAUCAAAAGAAAUAACGAGCAUUGUUGGGUUUCCAUUGAAGGGUAAUGGAGCGUGACCGUUAUUGAGGUUGUGAUCUAUGGACUAGUGCUUAUGGACCGUUUGUGCAAUAGAUUCAUUACCGAUGCAACAUACAGCUUUAAAUUCCAGACGUGGUUACAUAAUUGACUCGUAUUCUCAUUUUAUAAUAGACUAACCGAUGUGCUUUCCAUAGGAAUAUCAGAUAGGCUGCAUAGCCCCCUAUUAACCUAGCCUAUUCACACCGCCUGCUAUUACAUUGUAUAAUAUUGUAUAGUAUUAGUGCUUCUCAUUUUAGCUCACCUGAGCCAUUUGCUCAAUGUCAAAAAGCCUUCUUAAGUGAAGGGCUUUCAAAGUUAUUAAAAUAAGAGCCAAGCUACCCCCUCAGAUAAUUCUAAAAACUUCCACAAUAGAGGAAAUUUCAAUAUACAUGUACAUAUGAAAACCUCUUUUAUAUAGAGUAGUUUUCGAAAGUGUUCAAACUGGUACCGCUGAACCAAUAACGCGUGGGGCUCCAGAGGGAAUGUAAUCUUCAAAAUAGAAAUUUAAUGUUGAAAUUCUUCUUAAUCUGUUUAUUCUAUUAAACUUCUGGGCAGCACUGUAUUAUGAUAGUAAGUGCGUGCAAGUAUCCCAGUAUUGAUAAAAAUUGAAUUUGUUUAAAUCACUCACUGUACCACAAGAGCCCAAGAAGAGGUUUCCUACCCCACACUAAGAUAGCAAUGCAAAGUUUUAUGAUGUAGGAAAAUAUAAACGGAGGUACAAAAUCAAACUUGAGAUCAGUUCCAUAAGUGAGCCUUAUGGUCCAUUCUCUUGGGGAUUCGAAACAAUGUCAAAUAUUGGAACAAGUCCCCUGUUAAACAAGGGAUUUGUUGUAUCAGUCCAAUUUCCUGUGGAAAGCUUACAUAUCAGCUUUAAACAACUUCACUGUACUUGUAUAUACCACUUAUUGUACCACUCCUGUUACUUGUAUAUACCACUUAUUGUACCUCUCCUGUUACUUGUAUAUACCACUUAUUGUACCACUCCUGUUACUUGUAUAUACCACUUAUUGUACCUCUCCUGUUACUUGUAUAUACCACUCAUUGUACCACUCCUGUUACUUGUAUAUACCACUUAUUGUACCACUCGUUAUUUGUAUAAACCACUUAUUGUACCACUCCUGUUAUUAGUAUGUAACCUAACCAUGGUAUACAUGUAAUCAAUAAAUAUGUCAUUUUUUAACAGACAAGUAUGAUACUUCAAGGAAAUUCUAAAGAAAUUAAAUGAUAAGACAUGUU